AUGUGGUGCUUAUGCAUCUCCAGUUUUCGAUAUCCCAUUCGUUUUAUUUUCUCUCUUUCUUUUCUGGGUCAUUAUAAUUGUUUUUACCUCUUCUUUCUUGUGUUUUUUCUUCCAUUUUUUUCCUCUAUUUUUCUAUUUUAUUCUCGCUUCUUUUCGUUCAUCAUCUUUUUCGUAUCCUUUGUUUCAACCUCUGUUUUUAUUUCUUUUCUUUCGACUCUACUAUUGACUUCUUGUCCGCCAUCUUUUCUCCAAUAUUUCAUCUCUUUUCUCACCAUCUUUUAUCGCUUUCUCUUCUGCCAUUUCCGUUCCGUUAUUUUUCAUUUUCUCUUUUUCUUCCUCCAUGUUGCGUUUCCUUUUCCUCGAUCAUUUUGCUCCUGUUAUCAUUCUCUUCACUCGUUCAUUUAUCUCUCGUUUUCAUUCAUUUUAUCCUAUUCUUUUUUCUUUUUUGUUUUACUUACAGUCUCUCAUUCAUUUCUUAAUCUUUCCUAUUACUUUCUCUCCUGGUUUUCUUCCUUUCUCAAACCGCCAAUUCUUUUCUCAUUUACUCGUUUUCUUCAUUUUUUUUCGUUGAUUCCACUUUUCCGUUCUUUCUUUCUUUCUAUUUUGCAUUUUUUCUUUCUCUUUUUCUUUAUUCUCUAUUCUCUGUUCUUUUUUUUAUUCUGUAUUCUCUUUUUCAUAAUCUUUAUUCUGUAUACUCUUCUUUCUUUCUUUCUAUUCAGUAGUCUGAUCUGUCUCUUUCUUUUUUCUUUCCUUCUUUUUAUUAUGCAUUCUCUUUUCUCUCUUUCUAUUCUAUUUUUUCUCUUUCUUUUUAAUAUUCUGAUUUAUCUUUUCUUUCUUUUGUUCUUUUCAUUCUUUUCUUUUUCUUUCUUUCAUUUUAUUCUAUAUUCUUUCUAUUCUUUAAUCCCUCCUCUUAUCUUUCUCUCUUUCUUUCUUUCUUUCUUUCUUUCUUUCUUUCUUUCUUCAGUGCCUGCUUUCUACAUACCCUUUAACACUUUUUCUUUCUUUCUUUCUUUCUUUCUUUCUUUCUUUCUUCAGAGCCAGCUUUCUACAUACCCUUUAACACUUUUUCUUUCUUUCUUUCUUUAUUUCUUUCUUACUUUCUUUCUUUCUUCCUUCAGUGCCUGCUUUCUACAUACCCUUGAAAACUUUUUCUUUCUUUCUUUAUUUAUUUAUUUCUUACUUACUUUCUUUCUUUCUUUCUUUCUUUCUUCAGUGCCUUCUUUCUACAUACCCUUUAACACUUUUUCUUUCUUUCUUUCUUUCUUUCUUUCUUUCUUUCUUUCUUUCUUUCUUCAGUGCCUGCUUUCUACAUACCCUUUAAAACUUUUUCUUUCUUUCUUUCUUUAUUUCUUUCUUACUUUUUCUUUCUUUCUUUCUUUCUUCAUGCCUGCUUUCUACAUACCCUUUAACACUUUUCUUUCUUUUCUUUCUUUCUUUCUUUCUUUCUUUCUUCAGUGCCUGCUUUCUACAUACCCUUUAACACUCUUUCUUUCUUUCUUUCUUUCUUUCUUUCUUCAGUGCCUGCUUUCUACAUACCCUUUAACACUUUUUCUUUCUUUCUUUCUUUCUUUCUUUCUUUCUUUCUUUCUUCAGUGCCUGCUUUCUACAUACCCUUUAACACUUUUUCUUUCUUUCUUUCUUUCUUUCUUUCUUUCUUUCUUUCUUUCUUUCUUUAGUGCCUUUUCUUUCUUUCAGUACUUUUUCUUUCUUUCUUUCUGCUUUCUUUCUUUCCUUUCUUUCUUUUGCCUGCUUUCUACACUUACCCUUCUUUUUCUUUCUUAUUUUCUUUUCUUUCUUUGCUUUUCUUUCUUUCUUUUCUUUCUUCAGUGCCUGCUUUCUGCAUACCAUUCAGACCACUUUUUCUUUCUUUCUUUCUUUCUCUGA